AGAGACCUCGGCUCAAGCCCAUGUAGCUCGUGCUGGAGAGCCGGGGCGUGGUGGCGGCCGCCCAGGGCCAUGACCUCCAGCAGCUUCGCGCCUGGCCAGGCCGUCAGGCUGGCCGGCCUGGCGAAGAUGGCGACGCUGAACGGCACUCCGGGCCUCGUGCUGGCGAGCGCCCGGGGCGACCCGCCGGGCACGGUCAAGGUCAGGCUCAGGACGGGCAUGGAGGCCGUGGUGAAGCCAGCCAACCUGGUGCUGGCGCCCGCGGAGCCCGCGCCGGCCGCGCGGCCGCGGUCGCCCCCGGCCGCGCGGCGGGCCUCUCCCAGGCGGCAGAUCGCGCCGGAGCAGGCGCAGGAGAACCUCCAGCGGGCCCUGACUGCGGCGGCCGCCGCCGCGGCGAGGAAGCUGCAGCCCGCGGCGUCCCCGGCCCUCUCCUCCACGGCGCCCACGCCGUGGCUGAGCGCGCUCAUGAGCAGCCAGGUGGGCGAGCGGCCUGCGCCGACCGUGGAGGACUUCGCCGCGGGGCAGACGGUGAAGCUCGUUGGGCUCGUGAAGAUGGCCCACAUGAACGGCACCCGCGGCACCGUGCUCGCACUGGGCACGGGCGCGACCGGCGACAUCGCGGGCACGGUCAAGGUGAAGCUGAAGUCGGGCUCGGAGGUUGCCCUGAAGCCCGAGAAACCUGGAGGCGCUGUCCGAGGAGCCCGCCGCCGCUGGGGCCCACCGCGAGGCGCAGGACGCGCUGCAGCAGGCCCUGGCCCUGGCCGCCGAGGCCUCGGCCCGGAAGGCGGCGGGGGGCCCCGCGGUGCCGCUGGCCGCUACGGCGAGCCCGGCGCCGCCGAGCUGCGGCGUGCCGGAGACUCGCCAGAGCAGGUGGGCCAGAUGGAUGGACGGGGGCGACGCGGCCCUGCUGGCGCCGCCGCUGCCACCAGACGCGCAGCCGCCGCCGCCCGCCUGAGAGUGGCGGCCCCCAUCCGCCGGAGGAUUUCGCGGGCAGCUAGUGGCGGAUGCGGCCCGGCGCCUCCAGCAGCCGCUGCGUGCGGAGAGGGCUACCUAAUGUCCUCCGCUUCUCCUCCUUCUCCUCUUCCUUCGCCUAUUCCUGCUCUUCCUCAGCCUCCUCCGUACUUGCCGCCCUGUUCCUGCGGACAUGCCGUGGAUGGGGGGCAUCUUGUGGUUGUGGUAUAGUGCGUCGGGGUUCUAAAGCGCGCGCGCUCGCGACGGGCUGACUGCUAACGCGCGCGCGCGCUCCACCCCUGCUUCCCCCAUUCAUCUCUCGCCUUAUGUACCUAACCGCCUCCUUCCACAGCCUCGCGAAAAGGAA